UCAGUGGAGCGACCUCACCAAGACGCAAAGGCAUCCGGUGCCGCUUCACCUGUGUCCUGACUUAACCGUGUGAAGUCAGACUUGGAAAGCAGAUUGGAUGCUCCGUGCGCUGUGCUCUCUUGUCAAGCCUCCAGACAGAAAAGCUGAAACUGCAGUUUAAAAAAAAAAAUUCAGGGUUCCCUGUUGGUCUCCGGCGCGCCCCGCUUCUUUACGCACAGGGUUGGAUCCGCCACACUGACUUGUUGCUCCAGCUGAGCUCUGACAGGCCCUCGGCGUGUUCGUCCUACAAGUCAGCCACGGGAAUUAAAAGCCUGCUGUAAGGAUGAUGUCCUACAUAAAGCAACCCCAUUACACUAUGAACGGGUUAAAUCUGCCCGGUCCCGGAAUGGAUGUGCUUCACACAACCGUCGCUUAUCCAUCCACACCACGGAAGCAGCGCAGAGAGCGCACCACCUUCACCCGGACACAGCUGGACAUCUUGGAGGCGCUGUUCUCCAAGACCCGCUACCCAGACAUCUUCAUGAGGGAGGAGGUGGCCCUCAAGAUCAACCUGCCUGAGUCACGUGUGCAGGUUUGGUUUAAAAACCGCCGUGCCAAGUGCCGCCAGCAGCAGCAGCAGAGUACUGGCCAAUCCAAGCCCCGCCCUCCCAAAAAGAAGGCCUCUCCAGUGCAGGAACCCAGUGCUCCUGAUCCUGCUCCUAACCCAUCGAGCUCCUACAGCCCCUCGUCUGCCCAGUCAGGCCCGAGCCUGGCUCAAAGCUCCAGCACCGGAAACACUACUGUGUCGAUCUGGAGCCCGGCCAUCUCACCCCUGCCGGACCCACUGGCCUCCUCCUCAGCCCCCUGCAUGCAGCGGCCCUCACCUUACCCUAUGAGCUAUGGUCAGCCAUCGACUUACACCCAGGGCUAUCCCAGCACCACUUCCUACUUCACGGGCCUGGACUGCAGCGCUUACCUGUCCCCCAUGCACUCGCAGCUUUCGGGCACCGGGGGCGCUCUCAGCCCCAUCACUGUCCCCUCGAUGGGGGGCUCCCUAAGCCAGUCCCCAGCUUCACUGUCCUCACAAGGCUACAGCACUGCCUCAUCCCUGGGCUUCACCUCUGUUGACUGCCUGGACUACAAGGACCAGCAGGCCUGGAAACUGGGCUUCACUACAAUGGACUGCCUGGACCACAAAGACCAAAACUCUUGGAAGUUCCAGGUCCUCUAGGAGGUGGGAGAGGGUGGUGUUUAUGUGUGUCAACCUGUUGUGUGUCAGUGAGUCCCAUAUGAGUUAGUGUGAGGCAGUUCUGCCAGAGGACUAUUUUCUUUGAUUAUCAACUGUUUGUAAGAUUUUGUAAAGAAUUACAGUUUAUUUGAAAAAUGUCAGAGGUGAGAGUGACUGUCAGUGCUGCAGGACAACAAAUCAAGUCUGUCAUCUCCUUCCUGUUACAUUAAAUAAGAGCCUUUAAAGAGUUUGUAGGAACACCCUGGAGUCUGUGUGGAAAAGCACUAAGCACUCCUGUGACACACUACACCUGUUCAUUGUGUUUUAAACCUGCAUUAGCAUUUAGUGAAAAGAGAACUGAUUUACCAUGAAGAGGCUCUGAAGCCCUACAGGUCAUUUCCUCUUUCAGGGUUGAACUAUUUUAAACAGGUUAUUAUUAUUUAUGCUACACUUAGUGUAAUUUGGUUUGUUUCAAUAUUUUUGAGCAUUUGUGUUGCAUAUUACAGUGUUAGCCUUUAGUGUUAUUAUCCUGAUCUGUAGAUGGAAAAAUGAGAUCUUUAGUUUUAGUUGUGUGACACAUUAAAGUUGUGUAUCCUUUAUACCUUUGUGUAGUGAAAUUGCUGAAAUUCUGUGCUCUGAACUGUGCUUGUAGGUUCGUAGCUUGUUGGGGAUUGGGCUGAUACUGCUGCAGUUACAGGUCACUCCGACGACUCGACCCAGUGUGUUUGUGAGGAGGCCACGGUGUGGUCGGGUUUGGACCCACAUGGCCCUCACCGCCCCAUCUUGGUUAUUUUAGUUGAUCUGUUUCUGGGAGCAUCCCAAUCCUCUUAGCCUCCCUUCAGCAAUGUCCUAAGUGAAUUAGUUCAGAUUAUUGCCCUAUCCCUCUCUGCCUCACCCAUUUCACCCACCUUGGCCUCUUCCCACCACCUUCCCCGGCUGUCUUGUUGCUUUCUUUCUACCGGCGUCCAUCUGUCCUUUUGGUCUCUCAUCUAUCUCUGCAGCAUCUCUUUCCUCUGCCUCUCCUCAGGUUGUCUCCCCCUUGUAUUCCACUUGUCCAAUACACCCCCAAAAUAACAAGUCCAGAACAUCUGCAUCAUUCACAAUAAUGCAGUUUAUUUCUAGCUUUUGUUAAGUUGUUAUCAUGAAUUGUUCCAUCUCUCAGAUAUCUUUUGAACAGCUGGUGGUUCCCCUUCCUUCAACCCCUUCCAGACCCCACCCCCGCCACUCCCCAAUGACUCUGACAAUUUGCUAAUCCUCCCAUGCCCUGAAUACUGCCACACAAAUGUAAUUAUGGCAUCAUAUGUGAAAAUAUUUUAUUGAAAUGUGUGUAUUUGGUGUGCUCUGGGAGAGGAAAAGGAAAGAGGUCAGCAAGAGAGGACUGAUCCUCAGUUGUACACUUACUCGCUUUCCAACACAACAGACAGAUGUGACCACUAUCUCAUUGAUUUCCAUGGCAUCUUUUACCAUGUUUUUAAACCGACACUGAAUUGUAAACUUGUCUUUUUAGCUCAGAUAUCAUAGGAUUAGCAAUAAACAGAACCCAAGGUCAGUUUAGCAUUAGAUUAAAUUUCCAUGUGACAUGUUUUUAACAGCUAAACUGGUCUAAGAUGUAAUAAAGUAUCACUCCUGAGAUAUUUCUGAUGAGUUAUGAUAUAAAAAUGAAA